UCCGUUUUUACCUGCACGCAUGCGCAGUGACUCAGGUAGCAGGUUAUGAAAAACAUUCAAAAUGGCGCUUGCGGAGAAGUGCCUUAUUCUUUUAAUUUGUAUUUAUGUGUCAUUGUCAUUAACCAUUACAGCGACCGAUGCACAAUGCGUGUUUCCCGGUUACCUCAAGGGUCAGUAUUUUGCCAUGGUGGGCGGUGAGAGUGUGAAUCUCUUGGUGGACAACGAUAAAUGGGGCGAGCUGCGCUGCAUGUCCAACUACACCCAUCCAAAGCCUGUGGCUGGCACAACUGGAUCCAAUCAUACCUUUCUCCUGAAGAGUCAAACGGAUAAUUGUUGGCAUUGCCUGGAUGUUCUCUGGAGAACUGAAAAUGUGUUACAGUACAAACUAGGAAAUUGUCUGAGAACAGCCACAGCAAAUAUCAAUGACUGCGAGGUGUUUCAAAACUAUAAACUACUACCAACAGUGAAUGAGGUCAUCACACUGUUCAGAAUGACAGACACUGUAUACAUAAACUGCAUCUCCACAUUCGAAGGCGUCUACCAGUUUACAUAUGAAGUGAAUUACGGAGGUGGUGGUAUCUGUGACAGUCCCAACAACAUAAUUCAGGCCUGUCAGGACCCCGGCUCCAGCUAUAUAGAUAACCAGGUGUUCCGAAUGACAUACGCUGUGUGCAGAGACGUCUCUACCUCCUUCAACAAAGUUGUGCGUUACAAGUGUCUGGGCACGUGGUACGCUAUCAAGGGGCAGUCCACUGAUGGCAAUGGUGGUACAGGAUAUACCUACGCAGCCAUAGAAGACACUGUCGAGAAUGACCAGCGUGAGAAGUUUAAGUGCCUGAUGACCAACAGAAACCAGAAAGAAGCCUUCAACAAGAUUCGAUGGUCUAUGUCCAGAUUUGCUCAGUGCACGAACUUAGACAGCGCCUUUGUUGGUCCCUUCAAGCUGGUGCUCACAAGAGUGACGCCGGCAACCCAGUUCCUCACUCCCCAGUGCAGCCUGCCACGCAACCUGACAGGCACCUGGCUUACACAGGGUGUCCAGUACAUGUCGAACAUCCGCAUCAACGACACCCACAUCUACUUCAACACGCGCAUCAAUGAGUACGAAUACCAGGAGACGUAUUAUUCCUGUCAGCAGUCGCAGGGGACCAGGUACCUUAUGACCAAGGUCGUCGUCGGCAAAUGUGAGAUUGACUUCACAUGCUUUGACAUCGUGUCCAGGCAUCACAGCAUUGUGAGGUACAGAGUGGGUAAGCCAUACCAGUUUCAGUCAAACACUGCUGAGCUGAAUCCUAACCAGUUCCUGACCAAGACGUUCCGUGAAGCCUGCAGUUGGACGGCCUUUGUGUUUGACAGAGACAACUAUGAGUGGAACUAUGAGACACUGAUCUUGGAUCCCCCGUCUCCAGUCCCCUGCCCCAUAGCAGGCCGCUACAGCUUCAAUCAGCUGUUCAUGUCAGUGCAGGAGAAGUACCGCACGCGUGUGCGCGGUGUCACCGAGAAACCUCGUGUGCAGAUCUACUGCCGCAACUGGGUGACGGAGUUCAAGUCGUGCAGUAACACCAUGACCCGUAUACAGAUUGACUCUGAGUAUUGCGAGUCUGUGGAUUACAGGGGUCGUCCCAUUGGAGAGUAUGAUGAGCCUGACAACAUCCUGACGUGUGUUGGGUUCUGGAUGGAGGACAUGAAGUCUUACUUGGUCACAUGGGACGAGGAGGAUGCCAUCUCCAGCUACAGAUGCUGGGUGUAUGAGAGGAAGAGCUGGACAGGAGUGUACAUGUCACGGGCACAGAAUGCCCGAUGCCCACGGGUGCAGAAGGCCCUGGACUACCAGCUGCCGGGCACCGGUCUUCACCUUGACCUCUCUGAGAGUGAACGACUGUUCGAUGACUGCCCCCAGAGGUUUGACCCCGGAAACAACCCUUACAGCAAGCCCAUCACCCUGUGGGUGCUUAGUGGAACCAGCACCAUUGUGCCAACCCUGGCCCUGCUCAUAGUUUCCAUAGCAACAGUGCUAAACGCAGCUUGGCUGUGAAAAUGGACUAAAAGAAAUAGAUACUUGAAGGUGGAUUAUAUUGUUCAAAUUGUUGCAAAUGUUUUGUUAAACAAUUCUUUGAAAGUCGUUUUUUGCUUUGCAUGACGUUUCAAUAUGGCAAAAGCUCUUUUAAUUUGCUUUAAAAAGUCCUUUUGAACUUGUAACAGGGUUCUUAUUAUAUAACUCCUCAAUAAUGCACUCAACUGUUUUAAUCAAGGUUGUUAUGUGAUACAUUUUUAUCAUCAGAGUUCAGAAACAUUAAUCACUUUGGAAAUAAGUUGUCUUGUAAGACAUUUAAAUUAUCAAACUGAUGUCCAAUCGAGCUGGUGAUUCUACUUUGCUUCCAUUACAUUUGUUUGAUCAAUUUUUUAUGUAUAUUAAUUUCUGAUGUCUUUGUACCGAAAUUUACAAAUCUAGGUGGCUGUGUAAAAAAUUGGAGCAUUUUGCAGUAAACACAAUGUUUUUAUAUCAUUAAUGAUCAAAUUCCUAAAAAGUAAAGAUAUAUACUACUCAAAAUUUACUAAGGAUUUUUAUUUUCACAUUAUCUUCAAUUUAAUUUAAUUUAAAUUGUUAUUUUGUAGGUUUUGAUAUUAGAAUGUGUGUUUUUGAUUUUAUUCUUAUAUAUUAAUUUAUCAUUGAUGCGUGACGCUGGCUGAAUCUAGCUAGGGUUGAACUUCAAAUAACACAUUCUAUAAAAAGUGAUCCUUAGCAAAUUUUGAGUAGUAUAUAUGAGACAGAAUGAGAUAAUUCAUUCAUUAUGUGAGUCAUCAAUAAAGACAGAAUGUCUUACUGUUUGUGGAAAAAUAGUAAUAAAUGUGUUAACUUGAAACACAUGUUUGUUGACAAAAUGUGUACUUAUGAAUAUUAUAUAUUGUCCUGCGUGCUACAACAUUUUAAUCUCGCAUAUAGUUUGACUCUCAUUGUAUAAAUUUGCAACUCAUUGUAUAUGAUUCAUAUAUCUUUUUUAUAUUUCUGUACAUUUUCUAUGAGAACAUAUCCGAUUAAAUCACAUUCCUUAUCAUGUUUCUGUAAAUUUCUUGUAUUUUAUUUGUGUAGAAAACAGAUGGUUGUAUAUAAAGGACUAUUGUACAAUACCUAUAUAUAACUUGCAUUAGAUUUGUAUGAACUAACCUUUUUUAGUGUCCAUAAUUCAAAGUUUUAACACUCAAAUUACAAAAUUCUCAUAGAACUUAAGAGUGAUUUGUUUAUGUUUUGAUGCUGGCUAAUGCUAGCACAGAUUGCACAGGCUUAUCUGAGACGACGCUUAGCGCACUUGCAUGAAGCCCAGAAUUCUUAAAAUAAGGCUCAAUUAGGACCUGGCGUGCAGUGACUAGCUUAUAAAGGAAUUCUUAAAGAAAAGCAGUACAUUUUAACAUUUCUUAAAAUUUGCAAUAUUAAUAAACACUUUGACCUGCAAGUCUGUUGAACGUGUGAAUUUCCCAUUCUUGUGUUACAGUUGAUGACUUGUGCAUUCCAUAUACAUUAAUCAUUGUAUAUAUUCAUUUACUAUGUUAUACAGUACAGCUUUUUUAUACAUCAUGAAAUAAAUUAACAAAUAGUA